ACGAUCCAUCCCCUUGUGUGGCAGCCCCGUCCCCUGCCCGCCUGCUGCCCCUGGCCGCGCUCGGCAGGAGGGCUCGUCUCUCCCGGUGUAGUGUAAGUGCAGCGCCGGGCGCGGCGGGGUUCCAGCCCCCCUCCCCCCCCCGGUAACCCAGACACGCGUGGCAGCUGCGGGCUACUGCUUGUGCAGCGCUGUUUGCAGCGCCACGGUAAUGAGCAGGCCCAAAUCUACAAACUGGCUGGCUACCAGAAGGACUGAUUUCUGAACUUUUUCUAAGUAUGGCUUGCAGAAGAAUAGGAGGCCAUGGACACACUUUCUCUCCAGCUUCCUCCAUUAACUGCGUAAAAGCCCUAGCAACUGGAAUUCGAACACAUAGUAUAUGCAUGGUAUCUGAUUUUUUUUAUCCAAAUAUGGGAGGAGUGGAAAGUCACAUCUACCAGCUGUCACAGUGCCUGAUUGAAAGAGGGCACAAAGUUAUAAUUGUCACCCAUGCUUAUGGAAACCGAAAAGGCAUUCGUUACCUCGCCAAUGGUCUGAAAGUUUAUUAUUUACCUUUGAAGGUCAUGUACAAUCAGUCUACAGCAACAACGCUCUUCCACAGUCUGCCUCUGCUCAGGUACAUAUUUGUGCGGGAGAGAGUCACCAUAGUCCAUUCCCAUAGUUCGUUUUCUUCCAUGGCUCAUGAUGCACUCUUCCAUGCCAAGACAAUGGGUCUACAGACAGUUUUUACAGACCAUUCUCUCUUUGGAUUUGCUGAUGUCAGUUCGGUGCUUACAAACAAACUUCUAACUGUGUCACUGUGUGAUACAAACCACAUCAUUUGUGUCUCGUACACUAGCAAGGAAAACACUGUACUAAGAGCCGCACUGAAUCCUGAGAUCGUAUCUGUCAUCCCUAAUGCUGUUGAUCCCACCGACUUCACUCCAGACCCAAGUAGGAGGGAUGAUAGUAUGAUAACAGUAGUUGUUGUCAGCAGGCUUGUUUACAGAAAAGGUAUAGAUUUGCUUAGUGGUAUAAUUCCUGAACUUUGUCAGAAAUAUCCAGAUUUACAUUUCUUAGUUGGAGGAGAAGGACCAAAGCGAAUAGUUUUGGAAGAGGUACGGGAAAGAUACCAACUACAUGACAGAGUGCGUCUUUUAGGGGCUUUGGAACACCAGGAUGUUAGAAACGUGUUGGUCCAGGGACACAUUUUUCUCAAUACUUCUCUCACUGAAGCCUUCUGUAUGGCAAUUGUGGAAGCAGCCAGUUGUGGUUUACAGGUUGUGAGUACAAGAGUUGGUGGAAUCCCUGAGGUGCUACCAGAAAAUCUUAUCAUUUUAUGUGAGCCCUCAGUGAAAUCUUUGUGUGAUGGUCUGGAAAAAGCUGUUGCCCAGAUCAGGUCAGGAACACUACCAACCCCAGAAACUAUCCAUAACAAAGUAAAGACAUUCUAUACAUGGAGGAAUGUUGCAGAGAGAACUGAAAAAGUGUAUGACAGAGUUGCAGAUGAAGUGGUAUUACCAAUGGACAAGCGGCUUGACAGACUGAUAUCUCACUGUGGCUCAGUGACUGGGUGUAUUUUUGCUCUUUUUGCUGUAUUAAGCUUCCUUUUCCUGGUAUUUCUGAGAUGGAUGACUCCAGAUUCCUUUAUUGAUGUUGCAGUAGAUGCCACAGGCCCUAGUGGAGCAUGGACUCAACAGUAUUUUUCUAGUAAAAAAGGAAGUGAGAAAGAAGAGAUUUCAAACUGUUAAAAAUGUUUUAAGUGAGGAGGAAGGGCAUUGCUGUCUAAAAGGUUUUAGUAUUUGCUGUUUUUAAACUCUUAUAAGCUUUCCUAAAUUGUUGGAAAGAAACUUGGUAAAAUGUGCUACCUCAAGUUAGGAUUGUGCCAAUUAGUUUUGGGGAAAGAUUUAAACAUAUGCAGUUUAUGGACAUAAUUCUUUUGCACUUAAAGUAGGGAGGAAAGUGGUAAUAUGCACAGCUCAGGUGUAAAACUACCUUCAGAGAGACAAGAAUACUAGAUUUCAUCUGCUAUUAGUGUAUUAUACAGAGAAUGUGCAUGGAUUUUUCAUGGCACCUGGGGUGCCAAAACACACAAUUAACUAGCUUUAGAUGGUUUUUGCCAACUCCUGAUAUUUGUAUUGAUGUAUUGGAGACCUGUGAAGAAUUGGCAAAAUAAAAAUACCUACGCAAAUCAAUCAAAAACUGAAAAGUGAUAUGUGAAAUCACUUCUGUAAAAACAAGCACAUUACCGUGUAGAUUUUCAACAUUUGAUGUAUUGCUAGCCAGCUCUUGUCCUACCCAACUGUGUCCCCUAGUCAGACACUUCUGGCUGCACAAAACUAAUUUUGAAAGGGUUCUUCAAUGUUCUGCCUAAAUGUGAUCAGUAUCUCUCUGAUCUAUCAAAACUCCAUUAUAGAAUUUUUUUUGAUAUUUUAGAAAAUGCUAAAUACUGCCUAUUUCACUCUUACAUGUAAAAGUAACAUUGUAUUUUGUUUGUUUUUAAAGUACUCAUAAAAGUGAGGGAAUUAUAUUAUUUUUUAGAAACCAGCAUAAUGCAAAGACACAAGCUUCCAAGAAUAGCUCAGGCCUGCCAACUUCUCCAGUAGACCGUGCCAAAGUGUAUGGUAACUUCUGUUUGUAUGAGAGAUGUAGAUAAACAUCCACUAAGGGCUAGACAAAAACUACUUUUUUUUUUUUUCAUUUAUGACAUCAGUUGCAUUUGAAUUCAUCUUCAGAAGAGAAAAUGUUAAAUGUUAUGACACCUAGACUGCACCAAAGAUAUUCUUAAAUGAAUCCAGCAAGUUAAAUCUCUUUCUGGAAAAAGUUAGUGGAUCUGGCCAAUAGAUUUGCAUACUCCCUGUGAGGUGAGAAAUGUGGUCCCUUUCAGUCAUUGGUUCGCUAGCCCUAAUCUAAGUAGUCUACACCUAUAUCAAUCAGAAAACAACUUUGAACACAUAAGAAGAGAAGAGAUGAUAUUUCACAUUCCUGUAAAGCAACUCUCAGGACAUUAUCUGUUGUAUACACUGGAUUAAUUUCUUGCUAUAGCAUUGUUUUAAACUGAAGAGGUUUAACGAACCUGUGCAUAAUGAAACUCUCCGUGAUAUAAUUGUAUUCUGGAUGUGCAAUAUGCAAAGCUAUGUUUUCAGAACUUUGCAGAAUAAUUUUGAACAUGCAACCAGUUUUGUACAAACAUCUUCUAAAAUUUAAGUUUAUUUUGCUGUGUUGGGGUGCAAAGUUGACAACUUUUUUUUAAAACUCAAUCUGUUUAACAGUAUUUUAAUGAAGCACUGAUGGGAUUAUGAGAGGCACACUGUUUACAAAGUCUAAGAUUUAGUUUCUUCUGUUAGGAAAAAAUGCUCAGCUCUAGAUAUUUAACAUACAGUAAACAUACAUUUGAACAUUUUUUAAAUGUUAAGAAAAAAGUAGAGAUUAAAUAUAGUACUACUACAGAGAUUGAUAAAGUGGGUAGAGUUGUAGGUAACACUUUACUAAGGAGAAUUUCAUAACUUUUAAAAUCUGGUGCACUAUUUAUUUUUUGUAAAAACAACUUCUAAAAAAUCACUGAUACCAUUUCAACUUAGUUUUGCAAUAAGUAUUUUUGAAAUGUUAUGUUGAUUUCAAUUUUCUUUUGGAACUUUUCUGUUUUGAUUGCCAAAAGCAUAUAGGAACUCAUGUAAAGCAUACAGAACUCAUAAAUUAUACAAAACUCAAAUGUGGAGUAGAAGGAGAAUUAUAUAUGAUAUUCUUUCUUGUGCCAGAGUAUUACACGCUUCUGACUAAUACAAUAAGUCCUUCUUAUAGUCUUGUAUAAUUUACAGGUUACCUAAGUCUUCUGUACCUUGCAAUAAAGCACUGAUAUUUUUAGUUAUAACGUGCAUACCCAGACACUAGCAACGUAUAUGGAAACUUACUGCACUGAUGCUGCUGCUCACUAUUCUAGCAUUGUAACUAGAAUGUUCUAUGGUAAAUGACGUAUAAAAGAAAAGGGUUUUGGCUUGUUGCAAAUGAAGGUUAAUCUGACUGACUUAACUACAAAUGUACUGUAUCUCAAACAGUGUAGUUUAUAAUAUCUGUAGUUCGCCUGAUCACUCUACCAAUUUCCUCUUUUCAAAUACCAGGUCUUUGACCUCGUCAGUGUAUCCAUGAAUAGUUCCACUGAACUCAGUAGGAUUACUCUCCUACAUAAAGUUACUCCAUAUACAUAAAUGUUUGCAGAUCUGGGGCCUAAAAUUGCAGUGUGCAAGUUAGAUGAGUAAAAGUGGGCAGGAUGGAGUCAUUGUCUGGCUAUACCAAAAGAAGGACAAGAGACACUUUGAUAUGGUUUUAAUUAGGCUGCAACUUUAUUAUUAGAUGUCCAGGACUACCCAGCAGAUAAGUCUACAGUGCAGAUAACCCCAUAUUCAUUCAGUAUCUACCUGGGGACUUCCUCUAGCUCCACUCUUUCCCCCCCCCCCAUCCAGGGCCCCCAGCCAACCCAUUGAUGGGACUUUACCAUCUCUCCCCCGCUUGAAUGAGGGUUAAGGUUAGCUAUAAGAAAGGGGUUGGCUCCCUGCCGUACCAGUCAUAGGAGCCCCUCUCAGAGAGAGAGAGACAGACAGACACCCCCACCCCCACCAGUUCCACUCCUUUAACCAACACCUCCUUUUUAAGUCCUUUACCAAGCUAUUUAUCUGGUCAUGGUACCUUCCCUAUGGAGUACCUGCACUAGACAAGUAUGCAAGUUAGAUGAGUAAAAGUGGGCAGGGUGGAGUCACUCCUUUCACAGUCAGUGAGUGAUUCAGAAGACAGCAGUGAGCAACAAUGGGAAAAGGAGAGGAGGAAGAGAGCGUCCGAAGACAUGAGCUGUAGCCCACGAAAGCUCAUGCUGAAAUAAAUUUGUUAGUCUCUAAGGUGCCACAAGUACUCCUGUUCUUUUUGCAGAUACAGACUAAUACGGCUGCUACUCUGAAACAUAGAAUAGAAUAUUUGUGGGACUGACAGAGGCAUGGAAUACUUGAGGAACAAAGUACAGAAAGCCCUGCAGAGUUCAUGGGUAAAUGCUAGUAUAAUAGUAAACAAAUAAUACUUUUUUAAAAAUCUGAAGAUACAAUUGUGAAAUGUAUUUUCCACUUUUACAAAUAAUAUCCAUUAAGUGUUACCAAACAGUGAAUCAAACCAACUGAAGAAAUAAUGUGUCUUAAAUGGAGCAAAGUCUGAAAGAGACCUUUUGAAUAAAGGAUUACAGAAGACAUUUCCCUCUUCUUGAUGGAGCGGGUCAUCUUGAAAACUUGAGUGGUUUGACCUACUUCCUUAUUUCAAAGAUGAUGGAAAUCUUAAACUGAUUUGCAUUCCAUAGCAUGUGAGACCUUGCCUCUUGUGCCUAGACACUCUGUACAGACACUGUGAACAUACAUAACAGCAUGUUGAUAAUGUAAAAUAACCUGUUAAAAUCAGAACAAGUAUCAAGUGAAGUAUGAAUGCCUCCUUACUGUAUGAUAUUCAAAUGCUUUUUUAAGGGUCUAGAUAGAUCUAUAAAGGUAUAUCAAAUUGUAAUGUUUAAUCAUUUUUGUGGUCAAGGCUUUCUGUAUAAAUAUUUUAUAAUAUAAAUUUA